AUGGUUUGCUUGGUAGGUUUUCUACUUGGGACUAGACAAACUAUUUUGGAAACGAAAGAUGGAGGAAACACUUGGGUUGCACGUUCAAUACCCUCCGCCGAAGAAGAGGAUUUCAAUUACAGGUUUAACUCCAUCAGUUUCAAAGGAAAGGAGGGAUGGAUUGUUGGAAAGCCUGCAAUUCUACUGUACACUUCAGAUGCUGGAGAAACCUGGGAACGUAUACCAUUGAGUUCUCAACUUCCUGGUGAUAUGAAUCAUCUCGUCGGUGUUGUGGUGGUCGCCAGAGGUGGUGUGAGGCAGUCCGCCGUCGAACUGAAUCAUCUCGUCGGUGUUGUGGUGGUCGCCAGAGGUGGUGUGAGGCAGUUCGCCGUCGAACUGGUUCUCGUCGAGUGGCUUGGUUUUGUUGUGGUGCCCUCUGAGUGGUUUUGUUGGAUCACUAGCAUUAUUGUGAUCGCGUGUGGUGUGGCGUGA